AUGGCCGUUGGGGAUGAGCGCGCUCGGAUGCUCCGAGUUCUCCCGCUGCAGGCGGUCAUAGGCCUAGCCAUGCUAGUUGGAGGUCUCUAUGGAGGGUACUACCAUGUUCCUGACGGCGCUAUUCCAGCUCCCAGCAGCGGAGAGCUUUCCGUCAAGAUUGCCUACACCCUUCGCUGCUUUCUCUUCUUAGCCCUGUUCCUGGGUGUCGCCGUUGCGCUAACGGGACGCAACAGAGUCAUAGUCGGAGCUCGAAACCCUCUGUCGGGCAACGAGGCAGGCAUGCAGCUGCACAAGAAACGGCUAACGAACACGUUGGAGCAGACCUUUAUCUACGUCAUGUUGGCCCUGCUACUAGCAACCCUGCUGGAAAAGGAAGAGAUGAAGUACAUAUUCCUCAGCACGAUUCUCUUUGUGGUUGGCCGAGUUCUGUUCUGGGUUGGGUACGGGAUCCACCCGGCCUAUCGUGAGAUAGGAACAAUUUUAUCGUUUGGUAUUGCCAUGACAUCGCUCAUCCUCUCCGCCUAUCUUCUCUGUUCUCGAGGCUUCGUUCUUGGUUCAGCAGUUUCUACUGCAGCCGCCAUAGCUGUACCUACUCUUUCAGUCCUUGGUAUACUAGUACCAAUGUGAAAUGAUUAUAAUGUGUACAUAAUUAUGAU